AUGAAACUAUUGGACAAGUUUCAAAGGAUCUUGAUGCGAUUUAUAUUUAUCCGCCGCUUGCCGGUGAGAGGAGGCCAGCCACCACCGGAGAAGGGCGGUGCAACCAGGCGGCAGUCGUGUGACCGGGCAAGCGAUACACCGAAGGUUUCGUGCAGUUCGUAUUAUUACUCCUCAAACUCUCAUUACAACGAAGCUAUUGCCGAUUGCAUCGAGUUUUUCAAAAGGUCGUCGCAGGAUGACUUUCGUGCCGGGUUUUACAGAAGUUCUCUUAGCGGCGAGGCGGCUUCAUUCGGACAAUACAUUCCGUUCUUAAUUGAGUUCCUUGUGAUUUUGAAAAAAAAAUCGAUUUUUUCAUUCUUGUUAGCAGCAGCAGGUAAAACAGACAGGCGGCAGCAGCAGCAGCAGCAAAAUUUCCCCUUCAACCGGACGGCCAUGGAAGACGAUGAAUCUCUGAGAGUGGUUCCAUUUCAGCUCCAAUUUGACAAACCAAUAGCUUAUCAGAUUAAGAUCGCUGAAUGGAAUCCGGAGAAGGACUUGCUUGCCAUGGUUACCGAGGACUCGAAGCUUCUUCUCCACCGCUUCAAUUGGCAGAGGCUUUGGAUUACGUCCCCUGGGAAAUGCAUUACUGCAAUAUGUUGGCGUCCUGAUGGUAAAGCAAUUGCUGUGGGCCUUGAUGAUGGAACCAUUUCAGUGCUUGAUGUGGAAAAUGGAAAGCUGCUGAGAAGUAUGAAGUUCCAUGGUUCAUCUGUUGUCUGCCUCAACUGGGUGGAAAAUCGGGAAAAGAUAGUGGGUGCAAAUCGUAAUAAUUCAUCAUAUGAAGACCGAACUUCUCGUUUUUUUCCUUCUGCUCCAAGAGUUCCUCGCACACCUGGAAUUAUACCAGGAGAUAACAGUGGGUUGAUGGAGAUAACUGACGACUCAUUCCAAGAACUGCUUGAUCCCUCACAUCAACAGUUGGACAUCUUAUGUAGUGGGGAUAAAGAAGGCAGCAUUUGUUUCAAUAUAUUUGCAUUUCAUGACGAUCCUCUUUGCCAUUCUGAAUUCCAGAACAUACACAAUCUUGCUUUACGAAGUUCUCUAGAGGAGAAACAUGUUUUGUGCCAACUCACUGAUGCUUCCAUUUGUAAGGUUACAUUGUCAAGUGAUCUUCGUCAUAUUAUUGUCUUGUGCUCUGGUGUAGUUACUGAAAAUGGGUCAGAAAAAAGUGAUAAUCAAAUAUCUGGAGGAGAUAUAAGUGUUCUCCAUUCCUUAGUCCUUGACAGUACAGUUUUCCGGAGCAGGAAAAACGAGCUUCACCAGGUGGCUCAACAAGCUUCCAAUGUGGAGCAUAUGAUGGAAGUAAUCCAAAGAUCACUAGAUAUUAUGUCCAAGCAGUGGUCAGAUGCCAUGCAUUUGUACCAUGACAAAUUCAAUGUUCUAUCUACCCUGAUCACUGAUCACGGACUUGACUCCGGUCCUCAAGAAGAAUUCCUAAGCUUAUUAGGUGGCGCAAGGACAAGUCCACCAGUUCAUCAAUUUUUGGUUAAUUCCCUUGGUGAAGCGGGAAUCAAACGGACAGCAAAGAUUGUUUGUGGGGCAGGAAAAGAGCUUCAGACGAUAGUGCUUAACAAUUUACAGCCUGCUGCAGAAAUUAUUGCAUUCAGAAUGGGAGAGUUAAGAGGGCUUUCAAAAUGGCGUGCACGUUUUCGUGGAAUUGGAUUGGAUGAGAACUUGAUUGAUCAUGCAACAGAGAAAUCUGGGAUGUUGCUUGUUCAAAUCGAAAGAUUUAUCAGGAUUUUGUCCUCGGUGGUGCAGCAGUUUUCGAAUUUUUUCAAUUGGCUACUAAAAUGUGUGAAGGUCCUCAUGUCCGAACCAAGCGAUCAACUUCUUCCCUUCAGUAGUGAACUCGUUAUCAUAUUCUUGAAGUUUCUGUACGACCAAGAUCCUAUUGGUGCCUUGCUGCGAGAUUCUGAAUCCGAUCAGAGCAUUGGAGUUGACUUGGAGACAGAUCAGAGAAUCAAGGAAUUGACUCUUUUCGGAGGGUUUGCAGAUUGCGAGUAUUUGAAAAGGACAUUAGCUGUGGAAUUUCAACAACUGCAGUCUUGUUUCAAGGAGGCCUUGGAGAUGCCACUCGCCACAGUUUCUAAAAAGAUACUUUGUAAAGACAUGUUGCCGCUUUUCCCUUCACCUUCACCAAAUUUGAAGUCCUCUUAUUUUCCUGUUUCAGUGUCAUUCUAUCAGGAAACUUCUCACUCGACUUUAAAUCAAGAAAUUCCCAAUCAGGGACUCAUUGACUAUACUUGUUUUAUGGUGCCUAACGAGACUUUCCCGAACAUCUCAAAUUGCAUUGGCAUUGCAAGGGGGCUCAUUAGUAAUUUGGAUAACUUCAAAAGCGGCCACAGUUCUCUAGAGAUUGCAGUAUUACAUGUUCCUGAUGAUUAUAACUGCGUGGAUCUUUCUCUGUAUAAAGAAGAACAGAUUGUGUUGCUAUUAAACCAAGAGACAAUGGAUUCUGAGAGCUCAGGAAAUGCUUGUAUGAUGAUUAUACAAGAUUCUGUUAUGCACUUGCAAAUGGAGAAUGAAAAAGUUCGGGAAAUUUCUCACUCGGUGGUUGCUCCAUUGGCGGUUAGCGCAUCCAGAGGCGUGGCUUGUAUUUUUGCCGCAAAAAAGCGUGCCUUGGUGUAUAUCCUAGACGAAGAUGAAGAUGAAGGUACCGAUUCAGAAUAAAUUAUUUUUAAUCCCUUCAACUCCAGCUAGUGUUUAGCUUGUAUUGUUUGAGCUGCAUUUUUUCUUUUUUUUUUUUUUAAAGGAAAAACCAUAUCCUUUG